UAGGGAGGGUAGGGAGAUAAAACUCAAGUGUUUGGACGCUGUGUUUACAAAGUGUGGGAGAGACUGAAGAGAGGGCUGACUGUACCAUUAGAAGCUAAGGUAUCAACGCAACAUCAGCUACGACACUAUAUAUCAGUGCAGAGGAAGUAACAUUGUAAUUUAUCAGGUUUCUAUGGACCCUUUAUGCACACCUCACCAAGAGGAGGAGAAGACUGUGAUCAUGAAAGAAGAGAAGGAAACGGAAGACGAGAAGAAAGAUGACGAGAACGAUGAUGAUGAGGAGGAAGAUGAAGAUGAGGAAGAUGAUAGCGAGACAACAGUGAUAGACGGUGAGGAGGAAUUAGAUGACAAAUCCAAGGAGACUGAACCCCAGCAGCAGAAGGAGCAGGCCUGGGCCCCCACUACUUACUCCAAGUUUGGUAAAGAGGUGUUUUGCUACGUAGGAGAGGAGAUCAGCAUCUUUGAGGCCUUGGACUCUUACGGUGCUGUCAUCUGGCCAGCGGCGUUGGCUUUGUGUCACUACCUAGAGACCAACGUUGAGCAGUUGAACCUGGUGGACAAGGCAGUGCUGGAGCUAGGAGCAGGUCCUGGCCUAGUGUCUAUUGUAGCCACACUCCUAGGUGCCUGGGUCACAGCUACAGACCUACCAGAGAUCAUAGGUAACCUGAGAGCCAACCUGCUCCGUAACACAAGAGGGCGUUGGAGGAACACUCCCCAAGCUGCAGCUCUGUCCUGGGGUCCUGACGUGGAACGCAUCUACCCCAGAUCUGUCUAUCGCUAUGACUACGUGCUGGCGGCUGACGUGGUGUAUCACCAUGACUAUCUGGAAGAGCUGCUGUUCACCAUGAGAUACUUCUGCCGUCCAGGAACCACUCUGAUCUGGGCCAACAAGGUCCGCUUUCCCACAGACCUGGUAUUCACUGAGGACUUCAAGAACACCUUCAACACCACCCUGCUGGCUGAGAUGGGAGAGGUUAAGAUCUUCAUGGCCACAUGCAGAGACAGAGGAUCACCUUCAACACCACCCUGCUGGCUGAGAUGGGAGAGGUUAAGAUCUUCAUGGCCACAUGCAGAGAGACAGAGGAUCACCUUCAACACCACCCUGCUGGCUGAGAUGGGAGAGGUUUAUACCCAUGUGUAAAAGGUAGGGAUUAGGGAAGACAAGGGAAUAGUUAACAUCCUGCAGACUAUGCCAAAUGUAACCAAGACGUCCUGUCCCUUUUUCCUCUGAGAAAUGCUUGAAGACAGAAGGCGGCCAUCUUGGCUAAUGAUAAUGGACGUUGAUGGACUACUGAUGUUGUCAGUUGUUGAUGUUUGAUGUUCUACUUUAUACUUACCUGCUAUAUGUAGUACUUUAUUGUUUACGUAGUUUGUAUUGAUAAUAUUAUAAAUGUAUGUACUUUGCUGUGUUGUUCCAUUCUGUAUUAAAAUAUAAUUUGUUAUGGAUA